AUGGAAACUAGAGCUGCCUCAAACCCAGUGGUCCUGUACUGGCAUAGAACCGACUUGAGGCUUCAUGAUUCCCCAGCUUUACAUGCCGCUCUGUCCUUGAACCCAUCGGUCUUUAUUCCAAUUUGGACAUGGGACCAGCAUUACGUUUAUAAAGCACGAGUCGGACCCAACAGGUGGAAGUUUCUGCUUGAAUGCCAAAGUGAUUUGUCCAAUGCAUAUACAAAGCUCAAUCCGAAACAAAAGCUCCACGUUGUGCGCGAGGGACCAGAGACUGUUCUUCCCAAACUCUGGGAACAUUGGGGUGUGACACAUCUCGUUUUUGAAAAGGACACAGAUGCGUAUGCUCGAGACCGAGAUAAUGAAAUUAUGCAGUUGGCCCGGAAGGCUGGUGUCGAGGUGAUUGUUAAGAUGGGUCGGACUCUGUUUGACCCCGAUGAAAUUGUCCGGAAAAAUAAUGGCAAACCAACAAUGAGCAUCACCCAACUGGAAAAGGCUGCCGUGAAAAUCAACAAUGGCAACCCGGAGAAGCCACUAGGUCCCCCUAAAAGCAUUCCCAAUCCUUGGGAUGAGGAACGUAUGGACUUGAGCAGUCUCAAACGAGACUCCAUUGAUAAUCAGCCAGACUUGAAUGCGGAACACCGUACCAAGAAAGAUGAACAAUAUUCUGAUCUCAUGGGUCCCACAAGGGACUUUGCUGUUCCCUGGCAAGACAUCGGCAUUGAUCUUUCCCAAGCGACAACGCCUCAUCGAGGAGGCGAGCAAGAAGCAUUGAGAAUACUAGGAGAUUGUAUCAAAAAUGAGGGUUAUAUCGGCAGGUUCGAAAAGCCGAAUACAUCGCCAGCCGAUUUCGAGCCCCAGUCAACCACAUUAUUAUCCCCCCAUCUUCAUUUCGGUUCGCUGUCCGUGCGGAAGUUUUGGUGGGAUGUUCAAGGGGUUCUGGAGAAACAGCGUAAGGCCAAAAAGCCAGUCUCAACUGUGCCUACCAAUCUUCCUGGUCAGCUGCUCUUCCGCGAUAUGUACUUCGCCGCCCAGGCACCUCUUGGGCAGUCAUUCUCGCAUACAUAUGGAAACGAGGUUGCUAGAUUCAUCGACUGGCAUCUUCAAACAAACCCUCCCAAUCAAGAUGGGCUAAUCGACGGGUCCUACGAUGUGGACUCGCAAGAAGCGGAGGAAUGGUUUCAACGGUGGAAGGAAGGUCGCACCGGAUUUCCAUGGAUCGAUGCUUUGAUGCGCCAGCUGAAGCAAGAGGGCUGGAUCCAUCAUCUAGGAAGACACAGCGUUGCCUGCUUUCUGACUCGAGGCGGGUGUUAUGUAUCAUGGGAGCGGGGUGCAGAGGUUUUUGAAGAAUUGUUGAUUGAUCACGAAGUCGCUUGCAAUGUGGGAAACUGGAUGUGGCUCUCCUGCACGGCAUUUUUCGCUCAAUUUUACCGCUGCUACUCGCCUAUUGCGUUCGGAAAGAAAUGGGACCCAGAAGGCUCCCUUAUCAGAAGAUAUUGCCCCGAACUAGGCAAGUUUGACAAAAAGUAUAUAUACGAGCCCUGGAAAGCACCCAUUGCAGAUCAGAAGAAAUGGGGGUGCAGGAUCACUGGAGAUGGCGGUUCCUCUGGGUCCGAGGACUUUGAACACACAUAUCCAAAGCCAAUGUUCGAUUUCAAUGAGCGAAGGGAGAUAUGUCUGGCUGGUAUGAAGCAUGCUUAUGGUGUUGGGUUACAUGGGAACGAUAUUAAGGUUAAAGAUGGCUCUUGGAAGAAAGAAUUUGAAAAUGAUGGAGAAUCUGGACGUAACAGGCCAGCAAAAAGACAAAAGACAUGA